AUUUCAAUAACAAGAAGUGACCAGAGAAAAUGGCCGCAUUCGCAGCAGGCGGAACCCCCCCGGUUCUCCGUGGCGGCCGCAACAACCGCACCAUCUACACCGUCUGCGCCGUCCUCGCUGGCGGCCUGAUGCUGCACCGGUACUACUCGAGCGCGCCUGCGGAUAAAGAUGCUCUACCGUUCCCCUACGGCGACCACAAGGAGCCCAAGGGCCGGACGGCCCCGAAGAUCGUGAAGCAGCCUUGAUGCUUUCCACUUCGAUGGGAUGGAGCGGGUGUCUCGUGUAUUGGUCGCGAUUUCAAUUCAUGCUCGAAAUGGGUUUGGAAAUACGGUUGUACGAGGUUUUUCAUUGUUUUGAUGCAUGUGCCAUACUUUGUUGGAUACGUGGAAAUGAGAAUUGAUUGUGUCUCUGCAUGGCUUGAACUGAACUGAGGGGUAUAUUUUGUGAGGCGGUAGCGGAAGGGGAUUGGGGAUGAAUGUCGCAGAGGAACGACAACGCGCUGCAGGAGUUUCGGAAAACGCGGGUUACUCGGUGCAAAGAUAACGCUAACUCGAACAACAAAGUACGAGAGGCAUUUGUUUUCAACUCGUU